AUGGCCAAGAACCUCAAGAACCUUAAGAGAUGGGCGCCGUCCGCGCGUACGCCCAUGAGCCAGGCUAUAUUCGACCGCUUCUCUCGAAUGAGGUUAUUUAGAUCGGCGCCAGCUCCAGGCAUAGUCAGUGAGGAAGCAUGCGACGACAUUCUUCAACGACUCUCGCCCUACCUUCGUCGCAACCCUCCCCUGGACAUUAUUGAUCUAUGGCCCAUGUCUGGCGUGUUCUCAUCCAAGAUUAACAAGUACCUUCGUCCACGUCGACAUAUUCUCAUUGAGCCGGACCUCCACGCAUAUCGACCUUUCCUCACAACCCUGGCCAACAGCGAUCCCUCUUAUACGUUGCUUUCGGAGCAUGUAUACAGAAUACGGGACUGGGAUCAAAUAUUCGCGGACCAUCUACCAGAGCAGUGCCAGGCGAAGGAGAUACCGAAGGGGGUGAUGCUGCCCAAGAACGACACACUAUUGGUGAUAGCCAAUGUUCCGCCUCAGGCAUCGAAGAAAGAACACAACACUCCAGCGAGAUGGUGGGCGGCAAUGAUGGACAGUUGUCUGAGGCGACAAGACCUUCACAGAUACGGAAGCGUAAGGAUUAUCGCGACGUUCCCUACGGAGGAAGUACAUACUGUCCUUCCGCGUCAAUUAGCCGAUCGCAAGCGCGUGAGUUUUCUCACGGAGAAUGUCGCAUUGCAUGCUCUAGACAUUGCUGCUACAAAACAUCAAGAACCCUGGCAUUCUCUUAAGUCAUUGGUAUCAAUCACGCGGAACUUAGAACGCGCGGAAGAACGACGAGAGGCAAGGGGCAUUGUCACCCCAGCCGGCCGUGAGGUUCCUAAAUUGGUUCCUGCUCCAUCAGCUCCUGAUAAGCAGAUAGGCGUGGAUCUCACAGAUAACGAGAUCACCUUCCCUCGAGUACAGACAGAAAUACACCUCCGUUGGAUGGAUGAUGUGGAGAAGCAUAAUAAAUUGCUGGCUGAGGUAGGUGCUCACCAUGCCGACACCAAGAAGGCAGCAAAGAAAGCUAGCACAUCACGUGCAGCUUUAAGGAGAGAGAACGGUGUCUGGAGUAUUCGUCAAAAUCUCCUUGAUGCCCAACUCAGGAUCGACCGCCGAAUGCAGGAGUUAUCGCGUGCAGCCGCGGACCCCAAACAAACUGCAGCCGACCUCGAGAGACUUGAUCGAGAAGUUGCCGCUUUGGUUGAUCGUUUCGAGACCGAAAAAUCUCAAAGCUUCGACCGCUUCUUGGAUGACGCGCGAGUCGAAGCCAGUUCGGAGGACCUUGAUGGCUCUCCUCUCAUGUGGGACCGACGACCAUUCAAUCCUUUGACCCUCCAUGAACAUGAAGUCUACCCAUAUGAUCCACGAACCGUGCUAUAUUUCGAAGCAGACGAGAAUCCGAUCGGCAGGCAAUAUCUCGAGAGGGUUCCAGAGGCCAAGCGGGAGCAACUGCAACAGAUUUUCGAUGCACUUACUUUCUCCGGUACCAGUACCCCUCUGACCGUCGAGGAGUUAUCGAACGCUAUCUUCCCUGGGCAGCCAGUGAAUCACUUAGUGCGAGAUAUUCCCGAGUUAGCUGGUCUCGCUAGAAAGCGCCUGAAACCGGGAUGUGGUCCUGUGCCUCUUCCCGAUCCCACAUUAGACGCGGCCAAGUGCUUCCAAGAGAACAUUGACUACGAUCUGAGUGACCUUCGUGUACGAACUCUUCCGAUCAGGGUCAUCUGGGAGAUUUUGCUUUUGUAUCACGCUAACGCCAUGGAUCUCUCAUAUAUCCAGUUCUCCCGGCUCCUUGGAGGCGCAAUUACCACCUACCGGCAUGGAGUGGAGGAGUUCAAAGCUUAA